UUUCUCCACCCCCUGUCCCGCGGUGCACUGUGGGAUGUGUGUCUCCUGCAGGAGGAAAGAUGGCGGACUCCUUUGGUGAUGAUUUAUUCAGCGUGUUCGACGACGAGCAAACAACUGCAACUAAAAAACCCAGUUCUAAAGCCGAGACUCGGAGCGCGAAAACAGCUGAAACCCACAGCAGAGAAAAGACCGAAUCCUCGUCCGGGGCAAAAACGAAACGAGAGGCAGAAAACGAUGGCGCUGACGAGGUCUCAUUCGGGAAAAAGGCCAAACUGGACUCGAUGUUAUCAGAGGAGAUCAAUCUUGCAGACUUGAUGCCUAAAGUGAAAGUGGAGCAGGUUGAGACAGUGGAAGGCUGCACACAUGAGGUGGCGCUGCCGGCUGAUCAGGAAUACACCCAACUGAAAUCACGAGUGGGAAAAGCAGCCAAGGAAUACCCGUUUAUUCUUGACCCGUUUCAGCGCGAGGCCAUUCUGUGCAUUGACAACAACCAGUCUGUCCUCGUCUCGGCCCACACCUCCGCCGGGAAAACCGUGUGCGCAGAGUACGCCAUUGCUCUGGCUCUGAGGGAGAAGCAGCGAGUGAUUUUCACCAGCCCCAUUAAAGCUCUGAGUAAUCAGAAAUACAGAGAAAUGUACGAAGAGUUCCAGGAUGUGGGACUGAUGACUGGAGACGUGACUAUUAACCCCACUGCCUCCUGCCUCGUCAUGACUACUGAGAUUCUGAGGAGCAUGUUGUACCGGGGGUCAGAGGUCAUGCGUGAGGUGGCCUGGGUCAUAUUUGACGAGAUCCAUUACAUGAGAGAUUCAGAACGUGGUGUGGUCUGGGAGGAGACCAUCAUCCUCCUUCCCGAUAACGUGCAUUACGUCUUUCUGUCGGCUACCAUCCCCAACGCACGCCAGUUCGCCGAGUGGAUCUGUCACCUUCACACACAGCCAUGCCACGUGGUGUACACGGACUACAGACCCACUCCGCUGCAACAUUACAUCUUCCCAGCAGGAGGCGACGGACUUCACCUGGUCGUGGAUGAGAACGGCGAGUUCAGGGAGGACAACUUCAAUACGGCCAUGCAGGUUCUCCGUGAUUCUGGAGACCCUGGAGCGAGUGGUGGAGGAGGGAAAUGGGACCCUAAAGGAAGAAGAGGAGGAACCAGGGGUCCUUCCAACGUUUUUAAGAUCGUGAAGAUGAUCAUGGAGAGGAAUUUCCAACCCGUCAUCAUCUUCAGCUUCAGCAAGAAGGAGUGUGAGGCAUACGCUCUGCAGGUGUCCAAACUAGACUUCAAUACAGAUGAAGAGAAGAAACUGGUGGAUGAGGUCUUCAGCAAUGCCAUUGACUGUUUGUCAGACGAGGAUAAAAAGUUGCCACAGGUGGAGCAUGUUCUGCCUCUGUUGAAGAGAGGAAUCGGGAUCCAUCAUGGCGGACUGCUGCCCAUUCUGAAGGAAACCAUUGAGAUUCUCUUUUCUGAGGGACUUCUGAAGGCUUUGUUUGCAACGGAGACAUUUGCCAUGGGGAUCAACAUGCCUGCUCGCACCGUACUCUUCACCAGCGCACGCAAGUUCGACGGCAAAGACUUCCGCUGGAUCAGCUCCGGAGAGUACAUCCAGAUGUCUGGCCGAGCCGGGAGGAGAGGGAUGGACGAGAGGGGGAUCGUCAUCUUUAUGGUUGAUGAGAAGAUGAGUCCAGCUGUGGGGAAGCAGCUGUUAAAGGGUUCUGCUGACCCUCUGAACAGCGCCUUCCAUCUCACCUAUAACAUGGUCCUGAACUUGCUACGUGUGGAGGAGAUCAACCCUGAGUACAUGCUCGAGAAGUCCUUCUACCAGUUCCAACAUUACAGAGCUGUCCCUGGUGUAGUGGAGAAGAUGCAGAAGCUGGAGGAGAUGUACAACAGCAUCGAAAUUCCCAACGAAGACAGUGUGGUCACUUACUAUAAAAUCCGACAGCAGUUAGCCAAACUGGCCAAAGAGAUCGAAGAAUAUGUGCAUAAACCCAAAUACUGCCUGCCUUUUCUGCAGCCUGGCCGCCUGGUCAAGGUGAAAAAGGACGAGUUGGAUUUCGGCUGGGGCGUCGUCGUUAACUUCUCAAAGAAAGCAAAUGUCAAGGCCAGUACUGGUGAUCUGGAUCCCCUGUAUGUAGUGGAAGUUUUACUACACUGCAGUAAGGAAAGUGUAAAAAAUGCUGCAACAGAAGCUGCGAAACCAGCAGCACAGAGUGAGAAAGGAGAGAUGCAGGUGGUGCCAGUCAUGCUGAAUCUCCUCACCUCCAUCAGCUCUGUGCGGCUCUACAUCCCCAAAGACCUGCGGCCCUACGACAACCGACAGAGCAUGCUUAAAUCCAUACAGGAGGUACAGAAGCGUUUCCCCGACGGUCUUCCCAUGUUAGACCCAAUUGACGAUAUGGGAAUUAAAGAUUCAGGGCUGAAGAAAGUCAUCCAAAAGGUGGAGGCCUUCGAGCACAGGAUGUACACACACGCACUCCACAGCGACCCCAGCCUCAGCACGGUCUACACACUCUGCGAGAAGAAAGCAGUGAUUGCAGGUGACAUCAAAGCAGCGAAGCGGGAGCUGAAGAAAGCGCGCACCGUGCUGCAGAUGGACGAGCUGAAAUGUCGGAAGCGCGUCCUGAGGCGUCUCGGGUUCGCCACGUCCUCUGAUGUCAUCGAGGUGAAAGGGCGGGUCGCCUGCGAGAUCAGCAGUGCAGACGAGCUGCUCCUGACCGAGAUGGUGUUUAACGGCCUUUUUAACGAUCUGACUGCGGAACAGGCCACGGCUUUACUGAGCUGCUUCGUCUUCCAGGAAAAUGCUAACGAGAUGCCGAAACUUACAGAGCAGUUAGCAGGCCCUCUUCGACAGAUGCAGGAAUGUGCCAAGCGCAUCGCUAAAGUCUCAGCCGAGGCGAAGCUGGACGUGGACGAGGACGCCUACCUGAACCAGUUCCGUCCUCACCUCAUGGACGUAGUGUACACUUGGGCCAAUGGAGCCUCGUUCUCCCAGAUUUGCAAAAUGACGGACGUUUUUGAAGGCAGCAUUAUUCGCUGUAUGAGACGCCUGGAGGAGCUUCUGAGGCAGAUGUGCCAAGCAGCAAAGGCCAUCGGGAACACGGAGCUGGAGAACAAGUUCGCUCUUGGCAUCACGAAGAUCAAGCGUGACAUUGUGUUUGCUGCCAGUCUUUACCUGUGAGGGACGAAGCAGCUGCUUUAUAAAAAAUCAAAAACAAAACAAAAACUAAAUUCCCUUUACUUUA